AUGCGUGUUGAUCAAUCCAGAACAGCGGCUUCGAAUGGACCUCAAGGAGAGCCGGUGUCCGAACAGACGCCCCUCCUUGGGGAUCACUCGCCGAAUGAACAAGCAGUGCCUUCGGGAGACUCCGAGGUCCCCUUGGCCGAUGAACCCAGCUCGAAAGAGCUCAUCCUCGUCCUGGGAAGUAUCUGGGUAGGAGUCUUCCUGGCUGCCUUGGACACUACAAUUGUCGCUACUCUCACUGCUCCCAUCUCGUCUUCCUUCCAGUCCUUCACUUUACUGUCCUGGCUCGCAACCUCCUACCUGAUAUCUAAUGCUGCCUUUCAGCCGCUGAGUGGACGUCUUACUGAUAUCUUCUCUCGGCGCACUGGGCUGGUCUUUUCGAAUAUCUUCUUUGCAGCGGGAAACUUGAUCUGUGGCCUGGCAAAAACCGAGGGGACUAUUGUACUGGGGCGCGUCAUCGCCGGUAUCGGUGGCGGCGGGUUGACUGCAAUUUCGACCUUCGUCACCUCCGACUUGGUGCCCUUACGGAAACGAGGAGUUUGGCAAGGCAUUGGUAACAUUUGCUAUGGAGCCGGAAGUGGACUGGGUGGUGUAUUUGGAGGAUGGAUCAAUGACACUUUGGGUUGGCGAUGGGCCUUCUUAAUCCAGGUACCUUUCGUCGUGGUGUCCGGCAUCCUCGUAGCGGCCACAGUACGAGUGCCGGUCAAGGCCACUGACAACGCCAAAUUGAAACGGGUUGAUUUCCUCGGAGCUCUCACUCUUGUUGCCAGUCUCGUUCUGCUCCUGCUGGGGUUGAACACUGGAGGCAACCAGGUGCCGUGGACUCACCCUCUCAUUCUUGUCUCGUUGCCGCUUUCCGCGGUCUUCUUUGGCCUCUUCAUCUACGUCGAGGCCAACAUCGCGUCCGAACCGGUCAUUCCUGUCCGGUUGCUUCUGGACCGCACGGUGUUCUCAGCCUGCCUGACCAACUGGUUCAGCACGAUGGCGGUCUUUGGGCUUUUGUUCUACCUGCCGUUGUUCUUCCAGGUCCAAGGCUUGUCCGCCACAAGUGCGGGUGUGAGACUGAUUCCCCAAGCCAUUGGCACCUCUCUCGGCUCACUGGGAUCGGGCAUCCUGAUGCGGUCAACCGGACGAUAUAAGCUUUUCAGCUAUGUGUCCAUGUCUCUGAUGGUUCUCUCCAAUGUGCUGAUCUGCACACUGUCACUCACGACCCCGUCGUGGCUACCCUUCAUCUACUUCUUCCUGAUGGGCACUGCCUAUGGGAGUAUGCUGACCAUUACGUUGGUGGCACUUAUUUCUGCUGUGGACCAUGAGCACCAUGCAGUCAUCACAUCUGCAUCAUACGCAUUUCGCAGCACGGGAAGCACCAUUGGCAUCACCGUUGCCUCUGCCGUGUUCCAAAAUAUCCUCAAAACCGGACUAUGGUCUCGGUUUGGAGAUCGCGAGCAUGCUGGCGAGCUGAUUGGACGGAUCCGCGAUAGCCUCGAGGAGAUCAAGAAGCUCCCUGCAGACUGGAUCCCGGGGGUAUUGGAUUCAUACAUGGACUCAUUGCGCGCCGUGUUUCUGACAUUGCUGGGACUCAGCGUACUGGGGGCGAUAGUCAGUAUGGGAAUGCGCGAGCACAAGCUGCACUCGAACUUGGCGCGGAGAGAAGAGUAG